UAGUUCUUUGGUCAUAAUCGAUUCUCAAAGAUCUCGGCGCUGUUUACAAAACGGGCAUUUAAUUGACUGAAAUAAAAAAUCAGUGCAUUCGUGUCCAUUGUGUUUUUGGUUUAACUAUAUUAAUCUCAGCCCUAAGAAUACGUUAAACUGGGGGAAAAUACGCCGGGGCGAGAAAGGGGAAGGGAAUUUGCUUGCGACUUCCUACUAACGUUAGACUUUCAAGCGUGCAGUCAAGUUCUCCGUUGUGUUGCAGUUAUCAUGUCGACACUGAAAAGAGUUUUAUGGCCCCAAAUCAUUCUCUUCGGUGACUCAAUAACACAAUUUUCGUUUCAGGCGAAUGGAUGGGGCUCUGAUAUUGCUCAUAAACUCGCCAGAAAAUGCGACGUGGUAAACAGAGGCUUGUCAGGGUACAACACAAGGUGGGCUAAAGUAGUGCUUCCUCGCAUCGUGCCCGCUUCUGAUGCCCCUAUCGCGGCUGUGACAGUAUUCUUUGGCGCCAACGACUGUGCAUUAGAAGACAAGAACCCACAACAACACGUACCCUGCCAAGAGUACUCGGACAAUUUAAAAGACAUCGUCGGGCACCUCGUGUCUGUAGGAGUAUCUAAAGAUAAAAUCAUUUUUAUCACACCACCACCACUUCAAGAAGCUGCCUGGGAGAAAGAGUGCUUUCUUAAAGGUUCAGCUUUGAAUCGGUUGAACUCCGUGGCAGGUCAGUAUGCGCAGGCCUGCGUUCAAGCUGCAGGACAGUGUGGUGUAGAUGUUCUGGAUCUCUGGACACUCAUGCAAAAAGACGGACAGGAUUUCACAGUGUAUCUUUCAGACGGGUUGCAUCUCUCUGAGAAAGGCAACCAGUUUGUGGCAGAGCAUUUAUGGACACUUAUUGAGAGGCGUGGGGCAGCGUUGCCCUUUAUUCUGCCCUACUGGGGGGACGUGGAUCCAAAGAGCCCCGAGAGCAGUCUACUGUGCGAUUAAACUCUAGACAAGCAUUGCACAAUGGACACAAUUUGGUUCUUGAUGUUUAAAUUUGGUUAAUUUUUGGAUCUAAUACUGCUCAGGCUUUGUUGUAUAGACAUAAACUGUUACUUGAACUGAAACCUAUUUGAAACAGGAAUGGGGCGUUUUAGGUUAUUGUUUGACCCCCUUCGAACUGCUGGGUCAAUACCCUGGACUAUCACAACGAACACUGGUUUCAAGCUUAUUUGGAUUGAUUUUCAAAAUAUUCAAUAAAGUUUUGGAUGUUAC